AUGGAUACUCCAAUUCAAAUUCAAAAACGAAAAGAAGGGUAUAAAAGAGUGCUACUUUGUAGUGUAAAAGUCAUGAUAUUAAGUAUAAUAUUAAAUGGGUUAAUAUUAAUUUUAUAUAAUUCAAUAACAAAAAAAAGUAUAACAAGUAUUAUUAUUAUUUCAAUAACUAAUGGAAUUAAUGUUCUUAUACUUCAUUGGAAGUGUACAGAAAAUAAAGUAUUUGAUGAUGAACCAGGAUUAUAUUUUAUUACUAAAAGAGGAUUAAAUUGUUUAAUAACAAUAAUUAUAAGUUCUAUUAUUUUAGGAAUUAUUUCAUUUUAUGAAUAUGGUAUAUUAGCUCAAUACUAUAUAGAAAGUACUUUAAUUGAUGAAUCAAUUACAUUAAUGAUUCAUUGUGGAAUUUAUUUUGGACUAUCUUCUUCAGUCUUUUAUUUAUUUUUAGAUAGAUUAUAUAUUCCUUAUUACUCAGUUCUUCCUAAAACUAAAUCAAAUUGGAUACAACAAACGUUAAGACAAACUGUUAUUACAUUUAUAUGUAAUUUGUUUAUCUUUGUAUUUAUAAUUUUUACAGUAAAAAUGUAUUAUUUAAUGAUGUAUGGUUUUCAACCAAUUGUUUCUCGUUUUAAUUUUUCUAAUAUUUUUACUUUAAUACCAAUAAUAUUAAUUUACAGUAUGUUUAGUAGAUUAUCAUUUAAUUAUCUAAGUAAAAUAAUGAGUAUUGAAUUACCUUUAGAAGAUAAAUUUAAUUAA